AGCACAAAAAAAGACUGGUCGACAGCCAGGUCGCUGCAGUCAUGAAGCGUCUGGUUUUGCAACGCCCCUCUUUAGGGAAGGGAAUGGUCGGCUAUUAAACCGAUAAGGCGAGUGGACCCUUUCCAGUGUGUUUUGCGGGAAAAGUGAAACUGGAUCUGCGAGGACUGAAUGUCCGAAAACAACUGAGGAAAAGCGCAACAUCAACUUUACAGAAUAAAAUAACCACCUCUAAGAAGAGCCGGAUAAGAUGGCGUCGGCCAAUGAUACCCGUCAGCAGGCGCAGGUGCAGAAGGAUGUAUCCGAUCAGAAUUUUGACUACAUGUUCAAGCUGCUCAUCAUUGGCAACAGCAGUGUGGGAAAAACUAGUUUUCUGUUCCGUUACGCUGACGACUCCUUCACCUCUGCGUUUGUCAGCACGGUCGGCAUAGACUUUAAAGUCAAAACGGUGUACCGCAACGAGAAACGAGUCAAACUGCAAAUAUGGGACACAGCAGGGCAGGAGAGGUACCGCACUAUUACCACAGCGUACUACAGAGGGGCCAUGGGCUUCCUGCUAAUGUACGACAUCACUAACCAAGACUCCUUCUACGCUGUGCAAGACUGGGCAACUCAGAUUAAAACGUACUCGUGGGACAACGCUCAGGUGAUUCUGGUGGGAAACAAAUGUGAUCUGGAGGACGACAGACUGGUGUCCAGAGAGGAUGGAGAGAGACUGGCUAAUGAGCUAGGCUUCCAGUUUUUCGAGGCCAGUGCGAAGGAUAACAUUAACGUCAAGCAGGUGUUUGAGCGGCUGGUCGAUAUCAUCUGUGACCAAAUGAACGAGAGCUUGGAUGGAGACCCGAGCAUGUUAACCAAUCACAAAGGCCCGAGUCUGCAAGACACGCCCCCUGAUGCACAGAGCAGCUGUGGAUGUUAAUGAUCGUCUCUCAGCAAACACUCAUCCUU